AUGUCUACGUCCCUUGACGAAGUAGCAUUUGAAUGGCAAAUUAUACUCUGCAUAGAAGCGAAAUUAAAACUAACUGCUACAAAUAACAACAGUUCUUUAGGUUGUAAAGUUACACCACAACUUCAAAACAAAUUUGAAAUUGUGAACAUAACUUCCGUAUUAGAAGUCAAAUCGCUUAAAGUGUUCACAUGCUGUCUAAGAUUAUUUGUGAAAAGAAAAAUUUUAAUGACACAAAAUUACCCCUUUAGUGAGUUUCUUCUUGUUUUUAAAAAUUUCCGUACACUUCACAUUGACUUUUCCCCAUUUUCAAAAGCACUAAAGUUUUUAAAUCAUUGUUUAGAUCAACAGAAACACAAACGAUAUGAGAAAAGCAGAAAUAAGAAAGAAAUUCCCAAAUUCCGCGAGAAAAUCAAUCGUGAAAGUGGCAUGUUGAGAAAAAAAUUGAACUCUACAUUUAUCAAUCGACCUUUAUUUAGACAAAUGCGUAUAAAAUAUUUAAGUAGCGUUUUUCAGCCACCAUCCGAGCCAACCACAUUAACACAAAAGAAUCGUUUAAAAGACAAAUCGAUGGAUAAUGCGACUACUUAA